CGUCUGCAGUUGGAGGUUGAUUCAAUGAAUUGAUCUUGCACUGAACGUUUCCUGGAAAGGAGAAGGCCACGAAGGUACUGGUAGUUGUCAGAGGAGUUUCUCCAGUCAGGGCGUAUGUUGUAUCUUGUCUCGUAGUGGGAGUCUUGAACGAUAGGUGCGUCUGCCGGCGCGCUGACACCAUCUCGUUGAGAAAAUGAAGUGCGGAGUACCGCUGAUCGUUGUGCUGAUCAUACAUGUCGGUAUGUUCGGAGUGAUACCACGGCACACUGGAGCAACAGCCUCAACACCAUGCAUCUUGUCACAAAGUCCAGGAAAUCUUUCCAUUGACAAUCAUAUGAAGCUGACAAGUGUGCAGCCUGGUGAUGGACAUUUUCUCCAACCGCAGACAAUUGUCCCUUUCCCGAACAUAUCCUUCUACAGCAGCUGUCCAUUUGUCCAGAUUGAUAUUAUUGCAGACGGGCUUGAUUCGCUCUGCUCACCGAACUUGGCCAUAUUGAAGGAAUUCCCUGGAAAAAAGUAUCAGAUUGCCUCUAAACUCAUUCCACCUAGUACACAUGUAGUGGGCAUUGCAACAUGGACUGGGGUGACCCUUGAUGACUACAUAUCUGAUAACAGCAGUGGUACUGAAGAAUAUAUCCUCGGGAUCGCCAUGACAUCAAACUGCAAGCCGACCUAUAAAGCUGCCUCGACGGGAGUUACCUGGGUCUUGACGCAAGGCAGCUCACCACGUGCCUUACAGAAGUUUACCUUUGGUGCGGCACUAGAACCUCCUGUCACAUUGACCAUCCGCGCAUUGGAUGCGUGCCAUCAUGCUGAAUGUGAUAACUGCCAGACGCUCUAUCGAAGCUGUCCUGCAUUAGGGGCAAAUGGAACAAGUCAACAUCAAUACUAUUGCAGUAGUGCAUCUAACUACACCUGCUCAACAUUAACUAUCGUGCAGCCUACAAACCGCACAACACAGCCGACAACCUCUCCUCAACAGAACACCUCUUUAGCAGUUACAGCGACGACUGUCGAAUUGGCUACAUCUUACACACUUAAAUAUAACUCAUCCAGUGAAGUCUCAACGCCUGAGUCAUCCACUCCGGUAUCACAAAGUACUGCAACAAGUGCAGAUGUGGCCAUCAGUUAUGUCACAGGGCCAUCGACUAGUGUCAUUCUGGGCAUCUGCGUGCCCUUGAUUAUCCUCGCCCUGUGCAUGCUACUAAUACUACUACAUCGAAGGAAGAAGCGCAACUCCCUGGCAGGAAGAGAUCAGUCACGGCUGCAACAUCGAGAAACCGAAAACGGGCUGAUGCUCCCGCGUCCCUCGAGCGGCUAUGUAGCCCAACCUCAGACAAGUAGUGGAGCAGCACAAAAUCCGUCCGAGACUCUAUACUAUGAUAUUGCGUUGGAACCAGUGAAAGCAAGUAACUCCAUGCGGAUUUCCAGGUCUUCGACCAUUGCUGACAGUGAAAACCAGCGCCCUGACGAUGAGGAUGUCCCAGAGGAUUCAUUGAACAGUGAACAUCACAACGGUCCACAAUACGCUCAUCUGGAGACUCCUGGAGAAGCCAGUGCCGAAGCUCAAAUGCAUGAAUAUAUGCUACCGUCUACACACACACAAUCUCGCCCCAACCAUUACCAAAGUCUGGAUCCCCAUAGCAACGCUCUCCAUGGAGGUGAAUCUUCUAUUGAGAACAGAGCAUACGAUUGUGUGUACACGCCCAGAUCUUCCUCUUUGACCGAUGACAAUACCCGGCAUCAGGAACCGUCAAGCUCGUCAAAUGGUGAACGCAACCACGAGUCCAGAUCUGCUGAUCUGGAGAAGCCCGAUGACGCCAUUGCUGAUGUCCCAGGACCCCACUGCAUGGCACUGUCCUGCGGCCCCAUUUAUCCUGAUCCGAAGAGACCCGAUGACGUCAUUGCUGAUGUGCAACCACCCCAGCAUGCAUCGCUAUCCAGCGGCCCUAUCUAUCCUGAUCCGAAGGGACCUGAAGACACUUACGACCAUGUAGAAUGACACUGUUAGUAGCAAUGUGCAUCAUGACAUCAUCUCGGUUCCCAUAGCAACGUCCGGCACAGAGAUGCAUACCAUACCGGCAAUUGGCGUGAUCGUGAUGCAGACCCGGUGCUCCACAAAACACCUCACUCCGAGGAAUACAGCACCGGGGCCUAAAAUUUAGAAAAUUCAUGUUUUGCAUUUAACCUUUAUGGCCCGUAUGAUACGUUUUAUCCUGACAAGCUCUGAGUGUGUUUACUCUUGUACAACCCACUAUGGUUGGUUGCAGUUCAGGUUAAUACAAGUAUAGAGAUAUAUUGUCAAAUACACAUACAGUACAAUGCAUAAGUAAGAGGCGUUGGAAACCUCGGUUUGUUGUAAUAUGCUCAACAUAGUGCGGGGUCUUGUUUCACAUGAACAUGCUCUAAGCAGCUGCGCGUUGGGACCAGUCCGAACCUAGAAGAUGGUGACAAUAUGGUGGUUAGAGCAUUGCUCAUGAUAAGCAAGGUCCGGGUUGGAACCCAGGUGUAGCUGCCGUGUUUUCGUUUUUCUAGCGAUUUACUUCCCUGACAGUUAACAAUGAAUUUUAAGUUCUCACAUGUCCCAUACUGCUACCCACUCCCAUGUCCCAUACUGCUACCCACUCCCAUGUCCCAUACUGCUACCCACUCCCAUGUCCCAUACUGCUACCCACUCCCAUGUCCCAUACUGCUACCCACUCCCAUGUCCCAUACUGCUACCCACUCCCAUGUCCCAUACUGCUACCCACUCCCAUGUCCCAUACUGCUACCCACUCCCAUGUCCCAUACUGCUACCCACUCCCAUGUCCCAUACUGCUACCCAGUUGCUUGCAUCUCUUCGCAACCCGGCGGUUGUUGAGGCUCGGAUCGUGAUCUGAUCCGGCUCAGGAGCGGUAUUGUGUGGGAACUGAACGGAUGUUUGUCAUCAAGUGUACAGUGUUUUACUCUCUCAUUGUGUUUUCUGACACAUGUGGUAUGGUAUUUUUAUUCCCGUAGCUAUGCAGAAGACGUUACUUCAGUAACGUCUGGCGCUAGCCAGGGUCCACACAGCUUUAAUUUGGUGUUUGUUUGUGUGUUUGUUUGUUUGUGUCACGGCUGGCACUAUCCCGUAUCUGUCCCGUACUGUACCGUACCAGCAAAGCCACAAUAUUUUUGUUUGUUUGUGCCAUCGAUAUGCCUGGCGCUAUCCCGUGCCUGUCCCGUACCAUCAAGAGUA